AUGAAGAGUGGCAAGUACAGCCUGGGCUACAAGACCACCCUGAAGACGUUGAGGCAGGGCAAGUCCAAGCUCGUUCUGAUCUCGAACAACUGCCCCGCCUUGAGGAAGAGCGAGAUUGAGUACUAUGCGAUGCUGGCCAAGACUGGAGUUCACCACUUCCAUGGUGACAACAACGAGCUCGGAACUGCCUGCGGUCGAUACUACCGCGUGAGCUGCCUCUCCAUCACCGACCCCGGCGACUCCGACAUCAUCCGAUCCCUGCCCGGCCAGGAGUGA